AUGAUCGGCGAGCUCCUUCUUCUCCUGGCUGCCGGUCUGGCGCUAUACGGCUGGUACUUUUGCCAGUCCUUCAACACGACCCGCGCGACGGACCCCCCAGUCGUUCGCUGUACUACGCCGUUUGUUGGCCACAUCCUUCAAUUUGGCAAGGACCCGCUGGGCUUUAUGCUGAACGCGAAGAGGAAGUACGGCGGCAUAUUCACCAUGAACGUCUGCGGCAAUCGCAUCACUAUCGUCGGCGACGUUCACCAGCACAGCAAAUUUUUCACACCGCGUAACGAAAUUCUCUCCCCGCGUGAGGUCUACAGUUUCAUGGUGCCCGUCUUUGGAGAGGGCGUCGCCUACGCCGCGCCGUACCCGCGCAUGCGCGAGCAGCUCAACUUCCUGGCAGAGGAGCUGACUGUGGCUAAGUUCCAGAACUUUGCUCCUUCGAUACAGCACGAGGUGCGCAAGUUUAUGAAGGCGAACUGGGACAAGGACGAAGGCGAGAUCAACAUCCUCGAGGACUGCAGCGCUAUGAUCAUUAACACCGCCUGCCAGUGUCUCUUCGGCGAAGACCUGCGCAAGCGCCUCGACGCGCGCCAGUUUGCACAGCUGCUGGCCAGGAUGGAGAGUUGCCUCAUUCCUGCCGCUGUCUUCCUUCCGUGGAUCCUGAAGCUGCCGCUGCCUCAGUCCUACCGCUGCCGCGAUGCCCGCGCUGAGCUGCAGGACGUCCUCAGUGAGAUCAUCAUCGCUCGCGAGAAGGAGGAGGCCCAGAAGGACAACAGCACGUCUGACCUACUCGCUGGUCUGCUCGGUGCCGUGUACCGCGACGGCACCCGCAUGUCCCAGCACGAGGUCUGCGGCAUGAUUGUUGCCGCCAUGUUUGCUGGCCAGCACACCUCUACCAUCACCACUACUUGGUCCCUGCUGCAUCUGAUGGACCCUCGCAACAAGAAGCACCUCAUGAAGCUGCACGAAGAGAUUGACGAGUUCCCAGCGCAGCUGAACUACGACAACGUCAUGGAGGAGAUGCCGUUUGCGGAGAAGUGCGCGCGCGAGUCCAUCCGCCGCGACCCGCCGCUGGUUAUGCUGAUGCGCAAGGUACUGAAGCCAGUUCAGGUAGGCAAGUACGUGGUGCCGGAGGGCGACAUCAUUGCCUGUUCGCCGCUUCUCUCACACCAGGAUGAGGAGGCGUUCCCCAAUCCGCGUGAGUGGAAUCCAGAGCGUAACAUGAAGCUUGUCGACGGCGCCUUCUGCGGCUUUGGUGCUGGUGUGCACAAGUGCAUCGGCGAGAAAUUUGGCCUCUUGCAGGUCAAGACGGUGCUGGCGACGGUGCUGCGUGAAUACGACUUUGAGCUCCUCGGCUCUCUGCCGGAGCCGAACUACCACACCAUGGUGGUGGGUCCGACGGCCAGCCAGUGCCGCGUCAAGUACAUCAAGAAGAAGGCGACUGCUUAG